AUGGCGCUGAGCGGGGCCGUGAGGGCGGCGAGGGGCAGCCCCCCCCGCCAAUUCCCCAGGUGCGCGCGGGCGCUGAGCUCGGCGGUGCCACCCUCGGCGGUGCCACCGGGCGCAGGUGCCACCAGGGCCACCACAGGUGCCAGCAGGGGCGCAGGUGACACCAUCUUCGCGCUGUCCUCGGCGCCGGGGCGCUGCGGCGUGGCCGUGAUCCGGGCCAGCGGGCCGGGCAGCGGCGCCGCCCUGCGCUGCCUCACCGGGACCCCCGAGCCCCCCGCCCGCGUCAUGGCCCUGCGGCACAUCCGGGACCCCCAGAGCCUGGAGAGCCUGGACAGGGGGCUCGUGGUGUGGUUCCCAGGGCCCCGCAGCUUCACCGGGGAGGACUGCGCCGAGCUGCACGUGCACGGGGGGCCCGCCGUGGUCAGCGGGGUGCUGCGGGCCCUGGGCCGGUUGCCGGGCCUGCGUCCUGCCGAGCCGGGCGAGUUCACCCGCCGGGCGUUUGCCCACGGCAAGCUGGACCUGACGGCGGCCGAGGGGCUGCGGGACCUCAUCGGGGCCGAGACGGAGGCGCAGCGGCGCCAGGCGCUCCGGCAGAUGGAGGGCGACCUGGGCCGGCUCUACCAGCGCUGGAGCCACGCCCUCACCCAGGCCCUCGCCCACCUGGAGGCCUACAUCGACUUCAGCGAGGAUGACAACGUGGAGGAAGAGGUUCUGAGCCAAGUGCGUGUCACCGUGCGGGCGCUGCUGCAGGAGCUCCGGGGCCACCUGCGGGACGGGCGCCGGGGGGAGCUGCUGCGGGGGGGGGUCCGGGCCGUCAUCGCCGGCCCCCCCAACGUGGGCAAGAGCAGCCUGCUCAACCUGCUCUGUCGGCGCCCGGCCGCCAUCGUGUCCCCCACGGCGGGGACCACGCGGGACGUGCUGGAGGUGGCCCUGGACAUCGGGGGGUACCCGCUGGUGCUCAGUGACACCGCGGGGCUGCGCCAGGCCACCGACCCCGUGGAGCGCGAGGGCGUGGCCCGGGCCCGUGCCCGGUUGUGCCAGGCCGACCUAGUGCUGGCAGUGCUGGAUGCCACCUCGGUGCCACCCACGCCGGUGGCUCUGGGGGCGGCGCUGGCAGCGCUGGAGCCGCCCCCGGGCACCCCCUGCGUGCUGGUGCUCAACAAGGCCGACCUGCUGGGGGGGCACGGCGGGUCCCCGAGUGCCACCGGUGCCCAGGGACCCCCUGCCACCCCCCUGUCCUGCGGGGGGUCCCCGAGUGCCACCGGUGCCCAGGGAGAGGGACCCCCUGCCACCCCCCUGUCCUGCGGGGGGUCCCCGAGUGCCACCAGUGCCCAGGGACAGGGACCCCCUGCCACCCCCCUGUCCUGCGGGGGGUCCCCGAGUGCCACCGGUGCCCAGGGACAGGGACCCCCUGCCACCCUGCUGUCCUGCAAGACGGGCGAGGGGCUGGAGGCGCUGCUGGAGCUGCUGGCACAACAGCUGGCACAGCUGUGCGGGGAUCCCCUCCUGGGCUCCCCCAGCCUGACCCGGAGCAGGCACAGCCGCCACCUCGGGGCGUGCGCGGCGGCCCUGGAGCGCUUCGGGGACCUUGGGGACAGCGGGGACCUGGCGGUGGCGGCCGAGCAGCUGCGGGUGGCGCGGCGGGAGCUGGGCAGGAUCACCGGGCACGUGGGCGCCGAGGAGGUCCUGGAUGUCAUUUUUAGGGACUUUUGUGUCGGGAAGUGACGGUGGCGCUCCGCGGGGGGCGGUGUCACCGGGAUUAAACCGCCGUGCCUUUGGUGGC